CUCUUCCUUCCCGUCGGUUUCUUCUCUCCUCGCGCUGCCGGUACAGAGGAGGGGAGGAGAGGAGGGGCGGGGGCUCGCCGUUCGCCGCUCGCCCAAUCCCGCCGCCCGCCGCGGCCCGGAGCGAUCCACCGCCCGCCCACCUCCUCCGCCCCGCCGACCGACCCCGCCGACGGGCCGCGGCCGGGGUGACCGAAAUCGGGGCCCUGCUCCCCCUCCCUCGCGGGUCCAGUUCACACCGUUUCUUCCCCGGGCGCGGCACCCGGCGGAGGGCGGAGGCCUCCCUCCCUGCCCCGAUCUGUAUCCACCCGUCUCCCCCCGCAUAGCACCCGGCGCCGCUCGACGCGUCCCGCCGUCGCCGUUCCCCGCGCCGACGCCGGCUGCCCCCUCCCCAGCGGAUCGCUGCGUCGGCCGCCAGCGCCGGCUCCUCCUCCCGUCCACGCCCGCGGGCCCCGUCGCGGGAGGUCGAUCUCGAUAACGGUGUUCCUUCAUUGCCAUUUGGGAAAAUAUGGGUUGGUUGACCAAGUUUUUUAGAGGUUCAACCCACAACAUCUCGGAAGGGCGAGAGCAAAGCAAGCCUGCAGAAGAGACAAGAUGGAAUGAACCCUCCACUUCCACUGUUGUGAUUGAUCCCCUUUCGGAAUUUGAUAAUGAGGAUAUUGACCGUGCUAUAGCACUUUCUCUAUUAGAAGAGGAACACAGAAAACCAAAGGAAACAGGAAAGGAUCUGCAUUUAGAUGAGGAUGAACAACUGGCAAGAGCUAUUCAGGAAAGUUUAAAUGUUGAAUCACCCCCUCGUGCUCAUGAAAAUACCUCACCCCCUCGUGCUCGUGAAAAUAGCGCACACCCUCGUGCUCGGGAAAAUGGCAGCGCCAACGGUGGCAAUUCAUAUCAACAGUUACCAUUUAUGUUUUCGUCUGGAUUCAGGACAUGCGCUGGAUGUCACAAUGAGAUUGGCCAUGGACGUUUUCUUAGUUGCAUGGGAGCUGUUUGGCAUCCAGAGUGCUUUUGCUGCCAUGCUUGUAAUCAGCCAAUAUAUGACUAUGAGUUCUCCAUGUCGGGAAACCAUCCAUACCAUAAAACUUGUUACAAGGAGCGCUUUCAUCCAAAAUGUGAUGUCUGCAAGCAAUUUAUUCCUACAAAUAUGAACGGCCUUAUCGAAUAUAGGGCACAUCCUUUUUGGUUACAAAAGUACUGUCCAUCACAUGAGGUGGAUGGUACUCCAAGAUGCUGUAGUUGUGAAAGAAUGGAGCCAAGGGAAUCAAGAUAUGUAUUGCUUGAUGAUGGUCGUAAACUCUGCCUGGAGUGCCUUGACUCUGCAGUGAUGGAUACAAAUGAGUGCCAGCCUCUUUAUCUCGAAAUACAGGAGUUUUAUGAAGGUCUCAAUAUGAAAGUGGAACAACAGGUUCCUCUGCUUCUUGUAGAAAGACAGGCUUUAAAUGAAGCAAUGGAAGGAGAGAAAACUGGACACCACCACCUUCCUGAAACCAGAGGUUUGUGCUUAUCGGAAGAGCAGACUGUCAGCACGAUAUUGAGGAGACCAAGAAUGACAGGAAACAAAAUUAUGGAAAUGAUAACAGAGCCGUAUAGGUUGACACGGCGAUGUGAAGUGACUGCAAUUCUCAUUCUAUAUGGUCUCCCAAGAUUGUUGACAGGUUCAAUUUUAGCUCAUGAGAUGAUGCAUGCAUGGUUGCGACUUAAAGGAUACCGCACGCUCACUCCAGAUAUAGAAGAGGGCAUAUGCCAAGUCCUCGCCCACCUGUGGAUCGAGUCAGAGAUCAUGGCAGGAUCAGGCAGCAAUGCCGCAUCGACAUCCUCGUCCUCUUCGUCAUCCACAUCCUCUAAGAAGGGCGGGAGGUCUCAGUUCGAGCGGAAGCUCGGUGACUUCUUCAAGCACCAGAUCGAGUCGGACACCUCCGUUGCCUACGGGGAUGGUUUCAGGGCUGGGAACCGGGUUGUUCAGCAGUAUGGCCUGAAGCGCACCCUCGAGCACAUCCGGCUGACAGGGACAUUGCCAUUCUGAGAGUGUCAGAGAUGCACCUUUCUGCGGAAGUUAUAUACCGAUUUGUCAUCGAGAGUCCAUUUACAGGAAAAAAAAGGGAAAUGAAUUUUGAAAUGCACAAAUUGUACAAACGUUCGGUUGAUAUUUUUUCUUGGAAGGGCUGAGCACAGUAUAUUAUUAGAGAUGCAUUGAGGUGGCUUGCCCUGACCAAUCUGUUGAAUUGAGGUGGAUCAAAAAUGGAAAUGGAAACAGUGGUAUUUCUUAUGUGACCAUAAAGUUAAUAAGGAAAAGUACACUCCAUAUAUA